AUGCCGUCGCAUAACGGCACCCAAGACUACCCAGAACACGUCCUUUCUAAUCCAUGGACUGCCCACUCCGACUCCUCAUUCAGCUCCGCCGUCAACACAAACGCGACACGCCCUGCCGUCAGACGUCGCGGCUCUGAGGGUGCGGCGUGGAAAACCAAGAUUGACCGCGACCCGCAGCGUACCCCUCACUUCCGCUCUCGUACGCUGGAUGUCGACCUUGACGAUGGCGCCGGCAGCCAUCCACUAGCGUCCGGCUCGGCGCCCAAGAAGGGCUUUAUUGGCGGGUGGUUCUCGGCUCACAAUACGCGACCUCACAUGAAGCGCCUGCUGAGCGACGUCGAGCUGGCAUCGGAUGGGCAGAGUACGGACGCAGCUGUCGGCAGGAGCGAAGCAGGUCGGACGUCGCAGAGGACAGAUGAGCGGCUGGUCGUUGUGCACGAGGUAAUGCCCAAGGAUUCUCUUGCUGGGGUGGCUCUGAAAUAUGGGGUAUCCAUGCCCGAUCUUCGCCGCGCGAAUCAGCUUUGGCCGUCGGAUCCUAUCCACCUCCGCAAGGUACUCUACAUUCCACUAGAGAUAGCCCGUCACUCGAAACAACUUCAAGCGGCAUUUUUAGACGUCGAUUCGCCCACUAAUCCAACGGAGUCCCGUCAGUCGGCACCGCAUGGCGGUGAUAGCGAUGAAGAAGCCAAGGACACGGGGAAGGACCGCUCACUACCCCCGCUGAACAUUGUUCGCGUGCCCGUAUCGCAGCUCUCGUUUUUUCCUCCAUCAUCUUCGUCAUCUGUCACACCUAGAGAGCCCAGUAUACCCAGCAAGUCGCAUACCUUACCUCGCCGCCCGAAGUCAUCUCAUCCGACCUUGCCGCGUUCAUUAUCAGGCUCUGAAUCCUCACUUAUACACCCUCCUACGUCAGCGCCACCAUCAUCGACUACGCACUCACUUUCUCCCAUUUCGCGGUCUCAGAACAGAAGCCUCGGUUCCCUCUUUAAUGUCAUUCCUCCACGGAUAUCUCCUAUACACAAGAACGUUUUCGUUGGACGGCUAUCUAUAGAUUCGGUUAGUGCAACCACAUCGACUCAGAGCGACGACUUAGAAUGGGGGCAUGAGAUGGAAGAUGUCAGCUUCGCCUCGUCUGCUGGGAAGAGCCUUCAAGGGAGCGACAUCCAUAGACGCUACGAAUCCCACCUGCAUAAUCUUUCAGCAUCUGCGUCUAACAAACCUAGUACGCUACCCGAAGGGCUGGAGCUGAAUGCUCUUUCUCCGAUCUCCACCCCCCGUACUCCGCGACGCCGCGAGGAAAAUACAAGGCUCGGUAAUCCACCCGAGCCGCUGCGAUCGCCUCGUCAAGAUUCGCCCUACGCGGCUCUUGAUAGUGGCCGUUUGCCCUCGCUUCCGAAUACAAGAGUGCGGACAGCGCAGAUGGAGCCCUCGCCCGCGAUGCAACUACCCUUGUCCCCCAAACGGCGGAAAUCGAGCGACUCAUGA